CUGGUCUUGUUCUACACAGCGUUUGGAAUGAAAAUUUUCUAUUGACAAGAAAAUGUAGUUUAAAAUGUAGUCUAUUUAAAUAUGCUGAACAAAUUAAACACAACUGUAAGUUUUCUUGUGUUUUGGUUAUAAUUUAAUAUUUACUGUACAGCCCAAAAAAAAGGCAUGAGAUCUUUAUUUUCACACAGAGAUUCUUGAUGCAAAAGCAGUGUGUAAGACUGGUGGAGGAGAACAUGAUGCCAAGAUGCAUGAAAAAAAAACUGUGAUUAAAAACCAGGAUUAUUCCACCAAAUAUUGAUUUUGAUUGAAUUUGGGAGAAAUGUUGUCUGUAGUUUAUAGAAUAAAACAACAACAAUGUUCAUUUUACUCAAACAUAAAUCAGUAAAUCAGUAAUGAGUGGAGGUCGGUCUGAUGGGAGGUUUGGUCAUUAGUGGUUCAGUUUUGGGUUCAGACUGGUUGUAAUUGGGAAUCUGAGCUCCACAUUCUUCAGUGCAGCAGCAGCAUAUUUCUGCCCCAUGUUUUAAAGGUUAGAUCCAUAUAUACAUCAUCAUUAGCCCACACUGAGCUCCUGAUCAGCUCUAAUUACAGCCUCAGACUCCGGAUCCGCCCCGCAGGAAAUUCCUGGUGAGAAUUCCUCAGACUGCAGGUAUAAAACCAGCAGAGAGAGAGAGAGGAGCAUCACCUGAGAACAUCAUCUCAUACUGCCUGAGAACAUCAUCUCAUACUGCCUGAGAACAUCAUCUCAUACUGCCUGAGAACAUCAUCUCAUACUGCCUGAGAACAUCAUCUCAUACUGCCUGAGAACAUCUCACACCUGCAGACGGACAGACAUGUUUACGGUGCUGGUUUUAGUCACGCUGCUGAUGGUCUCUGUGGAAUCGAACUCUUCCAGCACAGAGGAGUGGAAAUCUCUCAGCAACCCGAGGAGCAGAACACUGUUUUUUCAGAUGCUGCAGUCGUAUCUGGAGGGUCGGGAGAAUCCGGCGGCGGGUUCGAGCGGGAGGAUGAAGCUUCAGGAGGACGGGAACAGCAGGACGGCCGACGCCUCCUUCCACAAAUACAGCAACUUCCUGCACAACAGGAUCUUCGAGGUGUAGCGUCUCGCUCUGAGUUCUGACUGUAAAUUUACUUUAUUUUACAGUAAAAUCACAUCUUUCAGCCUCAA